AUGGCCGGGGACGCCUUCCUCCUCCCAGAGGACCGCGACGAAGAGGAACCAAACCUCACUAAGGAGAGCUUCAACCUGAAUUACGGCUCAGACGGGGGUGUGGAAGCGUACUGCGGGUCAGGCAUCUCGCUCGUGAACCCCCUCUACUCAUUCUUCUGCGAACACGUUGUGGACGCCAGCAUCCUCCCACCCGGCAUCAAGAGCUUCACCUGUCCGCACAAAGGGUGUGGCGAGGUUGUCCCGCGCUGCGAUACGCGCGAGCUCUCGCUUGCAGAGGUCCACACCGCGCUUGUCCGCCUGCAUCCCAAGCCCGCCAGGGCCCGCGCAAAGAGGAAGAAGGUGUCCAAAGGCAAUGCUGCUGGUGGAGGGAAGAAGCGUCCACCUGCGACUCCAAGCGGUUAG